AUGGUGUGCAGCAUGUGCUGGGAGCUCCGCGCAUACAGGCAGGAAAGAGAGAGUAGUCACCUCGGAGAGAGCGCGCAGGAUGGUGCGCAGGAUGGUGUGCAGGAUGGUGUGCAGGAUGGUGUGCAGGAUGGUGUGCAGGAUGGUGUGCAGGAUGGUGUGCAGGAUGGUGUGCAGGAUGGUGUGCAGGAUGGUGUGCAGGAUGGUGUGCAGGAUGGUGUGCAGGAUGGUGUGCAGGAUGGUGUGCAGGAUGGUGUGCAGGAUGGUGUGCAGGAUGGUGUGCAGGAUGGUGUGCAGGAUGGUGUGCAGGAUGGUGUGCAGGAUGGUGUGCAGGAUGGUGUGCAGGAUGGUGUGCAGGAUGGUGUGCAGGAUGGUGUGCAGGAUGGUGUGCAGGAUGGUGUGCAGGAUGGUGUGCAGGAUGGUGUGCAGGAUGGUGUGCAGGAUGGUGUGCAGGAUGGUGUGCAGGAUGGUGUGCAGGAUGGUGUGCAGGAUGGUGUGCAGGAUGGUGUGCAGGAUGGUGUGCAGGAUGGUGUGCAGGAUGGUGUGCAGGAUGGUGUGCAGGAUGGUGUGCAGGAUGGUGUGCAGGAUGGUGUGCAGGAUGGUGUGCAGGAUGGUGUGCAGGAUGGUGUGCAGGAUGGUGUGCAGGAUGGUGUGCAGGAUGGUGUGCAGGAUGGUGUGCAGGAUGGUGUGCAGGAUGGUGUGCAGGAUGGUGUGCAGGAUGGUGUGCAGGAUGGUGUGCAGGAUGGUGUGCAGGAUGGUGUGCAGGAUGGUGUGCAGGAUGGUGUGCAGGAUGGUGUGCAGGAUGGUGUGCAGGAUGGUGUGCAGGAUGGUGUGCAGGAUGGUGUGCAGGAUGGUGUGCAGGAUGGUGCGCAGGAUGGUGCGCAGGAUGGUGCGCAGGAUGGUGCGCAGGAUGGUGCGCAGGAUGGUGCGCAGGAUGGUGUGCAGGAUGGUGUGCAGGAUGGUGUGCAGGAUGGUGUGCAGGAUGGUGUGCAGGAUGGUGUGCAGGAUGGUGUGCAGGAUGGUGUGCAGGAUGGUGUGCAGGAUGGUGUGCAGGAUGGUGUGCAGGAUGGUGUGCAGGAUGGUGUGCAGGAUGGUGUGCAGGAUGGUGUGCAGGAUGGUGUGCAGGAUGGUGUGCAGGAUGGUGUGCAGGAUGGUGUGCAGGAUGGUGUGCAGGAUGGUGUGCAGGAUGGUGUGCAGGAUGGUGUGCAGGAUGGUGUGCAGGAUGGUGUGCAGGAUGGUGUGCAGGAUGGUGUGCAGGAUGGUGUGCAGGAUGGUGUGCAGGAUGGUGUGCAGGAUGGUGUGCAGGAUGGUGUGCAGGAUGGUGUGCAGGAUGGUGUGCAGGAUGGUGUGCAGGAUGGUGUGCAGGAUGGUGUGCAGGAUGGUGUGCAGGAUGGUGUGCAGGAUGGUGUGCAGGAUGGUGUGCAGGAUGGUGUGCAGGAUGGUGUGCAGGAUGGUGUGCAGGAUGGUGUGCAGGAUGGUGUGCAGGAUGGUGUGCAGGAUGGUGUGCAGGAUGGUGUGCAGGAUGGUGUGCAGGAUGGUGUGCAGGAUGGUGUGCAGGAUGGUGUGCAGGAUGGUGUGCAGGAUGGUGUGCAGGAUGGUGUGCAGGAUGUGCUGGGAGCUCCGCACGUAGUACUGCUCGGCCGUCAGCAGCCAGCCGGGGCCGUUGUGGGAGUGCGGUGCUGUGCGGUGCGCUACAACCAGAGAGAAUUGAAAAGGGAGUGGCCUGAAAAAGAGAAAGUAGAGAGAAGGGACUGA